AUGGGUGGAUGCCUGGAUUGGGUCUUCGUGGCCCCCGGGGUCUUCGUGGCCCCCGGGGUCUUCGUGGCCCCCGGGGUCUUCGUGGCCCCCAGGGUCUUCGUGGCCCCCAGGGUCUUCGUGCCCCCGGGGUCUUCGUGGCCCCCAGGGUCUUCGUGGCCCCCGGGGUCUUCGUGGCCCCCGGGUCUUCGUGGCCCCCAGGGUCUUCGUGGCCCCCGGGGUCUUCGUGGCCCCCGGGGUCUUCGUGGCCCCCGGGGUCUUCGUGGCCCCCGGGGUCUUCGUGGCCCCCGGGGUCUUCGUGGCCCCCGGGGUCUUCGUGGCCCCCGGGGUCUUCGUGGCCCCCGGGGUCUUCGUGGCCCCCGGGGUCUUCGUGGCCCCCGGGGUCUUCGUGGCCCCCGGGGUCUUCGUGGCCCCCGGGGUCUUCGUGGCCCCCGGGGUCUUCGUGGCCCCCGGGGUCUUCGUGGCCCCGGGGUCUUCGUGGCCCCCGGGGUCUUCGUGGCCCCCGGGGUCUUCGUGGCCCCCGGGGUCUUCGUGGCCCCCGGGGUCUUCGUGGCCCCCGGGGUCUUCGUGGCCAUUACAGAUUUUCUUCGUGUUAAAGACAUUCUUUAG